AUCCAGUACACGUACUCGGAGAGGCACCAGUAUGUUUGAGACACACAAAACCAGAAAACUGACACCUCUAUUUAUUUCAGCGGACUUUCAGAAUGGCUGAAAUGGUAUGCGGAGGAUUCAUGGAGACGAGGGACGCUGAUGAGGAAAUUCAGAAAAUCUGUGAUGAGGUUAAGUGUCAAGUAGAGGAAAAAAGAAAUGAAGCAUAUGCAGUUUUUAAAGCUGUUCAGUACAAGAGUCAGGUGGUGCAAGGAGUCAACUAUGUCAUCAAGGUACAUGUGGGAGGAUGCAGCUACCUUGAUCUGCGAGUCUGGAAGAAGCUUACAUGUUAUGGAGGGGAAGCUAUAGUUACUGGUAUGGAAGACCAUCAUGACAAAGAUCCCAUCCAACCUUUUCAAUGAGAUCACACUUUGUAUUUUUGCUGCUCUCUGUCUCCAAGCUGCUGCCUCAUGACAUGUGCUAAAAGAAAAAAAAUGCAAUAAAGCUCCUUCAAAAGUAACAAUUAUAGGAAAUCAAUCAUUUUAAUUAUAAUAUUUCUAGACAUAUAGCACUGACUGGACUGCAGCUUGAGAGGUUUGAAGCAUUAAAAGUUGAAUUCUGUAACAACAAAAUAAAUUGUGUUGUUGAUUUCUUGCCAGUUAUAAACUCAGGCUUUUACCAGCAAACUGAAAAUAUGUUUAAAAUGAGUCAAGUCUUCAUAAUAAAAACACCAAUUGACAGUUUAGUAUGACAACUAUACAUUUAUAGGUGUAAAUGAUACUUGUGGUGCAACGACCCAAAGACCUGUAUGUUAGGUUAUCAGUGUUUUUUUGUUGGCUAUAAAUGUGAAUGUGGGCAUGUGUGUGUCUCUCUGGUUGGCCCUGCCAUACCAGCUCUGGUAUCUGUAUUGGAUCGAUACUACGUUGGAUCAAUACUUUUUUUUUUUACUAUCCCCUUAGGUUCAGUAGGUAUAACUGAAUUGCAUUAGAUAAAGUUUUUGGAAAUGCUGAGGUUCGGGUGUCAGAAGUAGGAUAACCUGAAAGGAAGAGCAGAAAGCAGUUUUUUAGGCCAUGAUUCAUGUUUGAUUCUCUCCAAAUUAUACAAUCACACCUCACACCCUGUACUUCCACUUACUACCUGUUGUGCCAAAAACUUCCAGUGUUUCCGUGUUUUGUUUUGUUUUAAAAUGCGUAAUUUGUAUGUUUGCAAAUACACUUUGGUGGACAGGGUUUUAUUAGUCCGUUAUUUAUCCAGGUAAAAAAAUCUCAUUGAGAUUAAAAAUCUCAUUUUCAAGAGAGACCUGGUUUACAUAGGGGUUAUAUAUAAAAUGUAAAAAUGGCCUGUUUUUCAGGUAUCUGUAUAACUCUGUGUUAUUGUAUUUACAUUGUAACCGACCGUAUGUGUCCACUUAAACUAUGUUUACAGAACUAUUGUUAUAUUUGUUGCAGUUUCUGCUGUCCUCUUGGCCAGAUUACUCUUAAAAAAGACACUUUUAAUGUCAACGCGAGAUUAUUUUU